AUGGGUGACAGGGACACGUUCUCAGCGCAGACUUACGGAGUAGGUCUUGGCCUGCCGGAGGGGGAACAGGCCGAGCAGGGAGUAGCCGGGAGAGGUAUGCAGACAGGGACGGAUGUACCUAAGCCUACUGGCGGUACCGCUAAGGACAGACCAGCGGGCAGCUCCACUCGUUUUAGUGUCUUCCCUCUGCCGCAUGCAUGGCAUUUAAAUCACUUUCAUUGGGCGCACACCCUGGUUGACCCCGGCCAACUCAAGCUCUCGCAGAUAUUUACAGCUCACGCAAAAGGCAAAGUGCAAAGUUUAAUGGGCCACGCUCCUGGCCUCAACCUUUUUGGAACCAAGGUCCACGUGCGUGCCUCUCAUCCCACCACGUCUUGGUACCGGACACUCUGCAAAUUGAACCUGCACCGAGUGUCCAUCCGACAACGCGAGUCCAUCAGACAAGGUUCCGCCUCUGAGAAGGGCAUCCUCGUUCCGCAAUACAACAGAAAAAUUUCAUCCUCAAAUCAAAUUAGUUUUAACCCUUACCGCCCCAUGGUUCGCACUUGCAAUGGAACACCUCAGGGCGUGCUUUCAGGCCGCUCCCGAAUCUUCUGCUACCACCUAAGGUAUGGAUCGAAGGAGAAGGUAUUGCCCUCUCCUCUCACUUUCCCAUUCCCGCCCGACCCGAUCGGUAUCUGCACCCGGAUGUCGUCUCCUGCCACAAUCCAGAUGACUGGAACCCGCACCUGCUUUGCUUUGCUUUGCCUUACUUUGUAUCCAUCAACCAAGGUAGGCGCCACUGUAGAUCACACAUAUUGA